AUGCCAUCCAACACGAUCAAGUGCAUCCUAUGUGGCGUACGCAAGCCACUGAACGAAUUCAGCAAGCGAGCUAGAAAGUGUCAGGAAUCUUCCUGCAAACGAUGCGUCGCCUGGACCGAGACCCAAGAACCAGGAGUCAUCCCCGCCCCCCUCGAGACAGGCCACGUCUCCGUCGAAGAGUUUGCCCAUAACUAUUGGGGUGACGAGUUUCGCACAGCCGAGGAUUUCGAAGAGCAUACUUAUCACUAUCAAGAGGCCGAAGAAGCUCGGAAGAGCAGCAGUUCCGCUCUCGCCAAGGACGACACCCACUCCAAGGCAGCCACCGAAACUGCCUCGGAGACGGCCAUCGCUAGCCUGCCAGCCCAUCUGCAGAGGAGAGCAAGACGUAUAGCCUCCACCCAGCCGUCCGACGUCGAGACCGCCACGGCCGCCGCUCUGACCUCCCUUCCACCUCACCUCCGUCCUAAGGAGGAGGAGAAGAAGAAGAGGAGGAGUGAGGGGCUGUCCAGGGAUAGUGAGAGCACCCAUCAGGACGGGGAGCCCAAGGAGGUGGUGAGGAAGAAGCAGUGGUUCAACGCCUACGGUCCAGACGACCAGGCCGACAGGGUCCGUGCCAAGGCCAAGGCCAUGACCGUUGCCGCACCGCUAGAGGCGAGUGCCGUUGCCGUGUCCAACAGGCCUGGUAGCCUCCCCUUUUCCCCGGAGGAUGCUGUGGCUGCCGGUAAUGGUCGGACCGGCACUUGGCCACUAAAGCUGGAUAGCUGGUCCGUGCCCAACCUGACAUUCAAGAGGGUCAUCGAGGAGGAGGAUCAUGGUGCCACCACCGGUCAGAGGCCCCUUGGGUUCUGCGCCUCGGACGAAUCUGAGUAA